GCGCAGCAGCUGUUGGCCAUAAACAGUUUGUUCCCUUGUUGCUUGUUCUUUUUAUGUUAUUAUUAUCCAGUUUUAAUAGUUUAACCUCGUUACCUCAACAAGAAACUGUUCGGCGUUCGUUUAACCAUUGCAUCUCUUUUGUAGCGCUUAACUCGACGAGCUAUGGUGCUCCACUCUCCUGUUUUGAUCAUCCUGGCAGCAGCUCUGUCCUCUGCUGUUGUCAUUUCACCUCCCCACAUGUGGACCAAGCUGAUCCUGACCCACCACUGGCCAACAACCUUCUGUUCUAUGGAGCACUGUCAUCCCAACAUUAGCUUCUGGACGCUGCACGGACUCUGGCCAGAUAAAGGGAUCGACUGCAAUUCAUCUUGGCAUUUCAACUCAUCUGAAAUAGAGGACCUGCUUCCAGACAUGCAAAAAAGUUGGCCAGACCUGCUCAAGCCCACAUCUACUGGGUUCUGGAAGUACGAGUGGCACAAACACGGUACAUGUGCUGCCAAAGCACCUUCUUUGGAUAGUCAACAUAAAUACUUUGCCAAGGCGCUGGAAUUAUACCAUAAAUUGGAUUUGACCAGCAUCCUGAAGAAGUUUGACAUCGUGCCCUCUGACAAAUACUACACUUUUUCACAAAUUGAGGCAGCGAUAGAAAAUGUCUGUGGCACCAAACCUAAGAUCCAGUGUGUCCAUCCGGCAAUGAACACUGAUGUCCAGAUUUUGGGCCAGAUUGAGAUCUGUUUCGACACUGACUUUACCCUGAUGGACUGCGAGAAAGAGGCCACCGUGGGAGCCACUUCAGAGGGAAGUUUUUUCCACCGUACUGGUGUUGACAAGCCUUCUGGGUUCAGUGUGUGUGACCACGACAUGCCAGUUUACUACCCGCCUGUCCAUAAAAUACGCACACAAACGGAGCUCCAGUAAUGCAUUCUGGUUAUCUUACUAACACACAAACAAGAAAACUACUAAGCUUUUGUUUACAAGUGAGUUCAGCAUGCGCGCUGACAUUAAUGUCAUUUUUGUCAGACUGCACAUUUUAACAGCUUUAUUGAUCAUCAUUCAAAAAAUUAUCUGACAAAAUCUCUUGAAUUACAUAGAAAUUCUAGCUGGAAGAAAUACUUGAGUAAAAAAGUUAUUUCUGUAUACUGCAAAAUCAGGACACAGACGUGCACACUUGUGACAUUGCCCCCACCUUCUCUUUGUCCCCCCACUCAUGCAUCUCGAGAGGAGAGCGAUACCUCAGCACAACAAGGGCAUCAGGGAUUCUGGUGUUUGUCUAUUACUGUAAAUUUGCUAGUCCUACUUUCUGCAUGUUUGUUUACGGUUUACUGUACUGUCAUGUUUGGCACUCCUUCUAAUCCCUUUUUUCAUGUGUUUAAAAACGUAAUAAAAGUAUUCUGAUCACACUUAUUAGGCACAUACAACCUCAGACGAGCAACACAUCCCUUUUUUCGCAGAGGCGUUAUUUAUUUAAAAUGAACUUAAAAAAGGAAAAAACUUGUGAUUCACUAGUUUGUAGAUCCAGAUUCAGCACCGACAGCUUGAAGUAGAUGAUUCCCAUAUAACUUGAUUGGUCUCCCACAUUGUUGCGGCGGAAUUUCACCCAUUCUUCAUAACCCGGAUUGAAUUCAUUGAAGUGUUUGAGGAUUCUCUUAUGCACGGCUCCUUAAUGCCUCAUCACUUAAAAUAAAGUGACGUCUGGAAUUUCACUUGGCCAUUUCGAAAACCUUAAUUUUAUGUUUAAGUCAUAAUGAUGUAGUUUAUAUUUUUUGAUGUGCACCUGAUAAUACAGGCAACCCAAAAAACCAAAAGGUUUUUUUUUUUUUUUUUUUUUUGUUCUGAGAGAAAAAAAACAAACAAGAGUUGGAGGAUUUUGUUGUGGCUGCAAGGUGGAAGUAUGAAAACCUGAACUUGACUGAUUCCACAUGUGGAAAAUCUUUCUCACUUAGAAUGUCAAACCCCAUAUAAUUUGGUGCACACCUGCUGAUGAUCAGUUCAUCAGCAGCUGAUGACCAACCAUCUGGUUGGAAUUUACCCUCUUCAGCUUUGUGCUAGUAGUGGGGGAAUCGUCCAUGUGAUUUGAUUUACUUUUGACUAAAGUAGUGUUAAAUGAAUAAUGACAAGAUAAAAAAAAAAAAAAAAAAAAAAGAAUUCAUGAUCUGAGGUUGUAUUUGCCUAAUGCUGAGGCUCACUUUGUUUACUCUGCACACGCACACACACGGUUUAGGAGGGGAGGGGACCCAUGCAUCUUUUCUGCAGCUGUGACCAAACUUGAAAACACAUGGUCAGAAUCAUAAUUAUUUUCAUUGAAAACUUUACAAUUGAUUGUUCAGCUUUUAACUUUUUUUUUUCUUAUUGGAAAUGAACAUUUUUGAAACCACAGUGCCUUGCUUUAUAACUCUAUACACUAUUUCAUGCAUUAUAAAAUAAGAAAUGAUAAUUAUUAGUGUCUACCUUUUGAUAUCUUUGCCAAGUAAUAAUGCAUAUAUAAAUGAAUAAAUUAAAUGUUUGUUGAUUGUUUUUGGGAGACAUUGAACAAGUUCAAAAAUGUGGAAAGUACAAUUGUCAACAUUCAAAGUGGAUUAAAAACACAUUUUAUGCAAGAAUUUUGAACCAUGUCCGUUCUUGUGUUAGGACAACUUUGAUAAAUGUUAACUGCAGUACAUUAAGCACGUUGCAUGUGUUGCACAUGCUCAUAACAAACCACUUUUGCUGGUCUUAAACUGGUACAGAUGAACGCUUUGGAAAACAAUGAUUGAUUUGUAUAAUGGCCCGCCUCUCUCGGCUGGAGCUAUAAUCUUUAAAAUGUGUAAUAUCUAUAAUGGACCAAUGCUGUGGUGGGAAAUUACUGAAAUGAACCGUGGAAUAUACUGCUUUAAAAUAUCAAUAAAAAAAGUGUAUUCAUAACAAAA